AUGCAUUUUUUCAAUGUCAUUAGUUCUGCUCUUGUCUUAGCUCUUACUACCUCCUCUGCUUUAGCAGCGCCAGCGCCAGCACCUCAGUCUUCAGGAUGCCGCGCUGCUACUGAAUCCCGAACGUUUACAAACGGCGACUGCCCCACCCACAUUGAGAGUAAAGGCUGCAACGCCGGACAAUACCGUGGCAAAACAAUCAGCGCUGUAACAACUGCGACUUCCUCAUCUUGCACACUUGUUAUUACCGUACGUAAUUAUUCUGUUCUAAAACCAAGCAAAAUCUUGCCUAAAUCAAGACGAGUUUACUAACCUAAGUAUAAAGUACGAGUGCUGUACCAAAUAG